AUGAGACGUGUUCUCUGCAGGAAACAAGAUGGAAAUCAAAUGGUGCCUCUCUCAUUGGGAAUUACAAGUUGUUCUGGAAUGACCAAAAGAGAGUCCAAAAUGGAGUGGGAAUCUUUAUACGGGAAUCACUGGCACAAAAUGUACUGGAGACGCUUCUGGAACACACUCUCAGAUGCCGCCAGGAAAACACCAUCAUUAGAGAUACCAUUGAUAUGUGGCGACAUCAACGGCCAUAUUGGAGAUAAAGCAAAUAUGUUCCACGGUGUCCAUGGAGGCUUUGGCUACGGGUGUCAAAACGAAGACAGUGUACGAAUUCUGGAAUUUGCUGAAAACCAUGAACUCUCCCUGUUGAACUUUUACUUCAAGAAGAGGGGAGAACAUUUGAUCACAUAUAAAAACGGGAUGUCAUGCACACAAAUUGACUUUAUUGUCGUCAGACAACACAGACGACUAUUCAGGAAUACCAAAUUCAUCGAAAAAUGUAGAAGUGACUUGAGCCGAACCUGGUCGAUAUAA